GGUGAAAACAGUUUUCUCGAUGAUCUACUUGUCCUGUAUUCAACUGGUGGCUGGAUACGGCCGUAGAUAUGGAAGAUGAUGUUGAUGAUCAAGAAAAUGGAUCCGCAUAGACCGUCAGUCAACGGUCGGAGUCGUACAUCGCCAAGGACGCGCAAUGUAGAACGAAUCGAUCGACGCAGCUUCGGAGGUUACAGUCAGCUUGGAUUCGCUUGCCGUUCGUGCCAUCUAAGUGCCCGGGAACCUUCCUUGCUCGCUUGUGCCGCUUUUCCAUCUGUGUUCGUCGCUGUUUCCCUGCUUCUCCUCACUUCUCGACUUCAUCUCGUUAGCUCGAAGCAGCCUCGCCGCAUGGCUUUGCUCCCCGCCCCCGCCGCUUUCCACGUCCUUGCUGUCCUCGCCGUCGCCUACGCCGACCGCGGCGGAGCUCCAGAUGAAGAUAUCGAGGCGGUGAUCACCAGAGCCGACAAUAAAGCUGCCGACUCCGGCGAGAGUGAGCUGCAGGUAGGCGGCGGCCAUGGCCAAGAGAGCGGGGUGGACACUCGUGUCAAUACUUUGCCGGACAAGAUCGUGGUAGCCGGCAACCCCGAGGGCCGGGAGGUGCACCUUCUACUGCCGGGCGCAGGGGCGGCUCUCGUCGCCCAAAGGCAGGCGCAACGGAGGGGUAGGAACGGCUCUCGCGGCAGUGGAGACUUGGAGAAAUUUCAGAUCACUUCUGCUGAAUCUGAUGAAGCGAGAUUGGGGAAAGGAGCAGAUUGUGAAGCAAGGCAGCCCAUAUAUGCACAUGCUAAACCAGCUUGUGGGAGAGAUGAUGAGAGCCCCAGAAGUCCUCUGCAACAAAAAGUCCAUGGGGAACCGAGUCAGAAGCAUGAUCAAGUGAACAGUGUGUCAUUGGAUCGAAUGCCUGAGCAUCUCCACACAACUUUGGGAGCUUCAGGUGUGAUCCAACCAUCUAAUGGCGAGACGGCUAUCCAAGUGCAAACACUGUUGAAUCAACCGAUGGAUGAAAGAGUAGUGCUGCACAGUAGCAGAGAAGUGGUGAUAAAAAGUGCCAUGAAGUUUUCAUACAUGUCAAUCGGCAUUUCUGGUGGUGCAUUGGUAACUAUCUUCUUUGGAUACUACGUAACCCAAUCGGGAGACAGCCACAAUUUUCACCUCAAGAUCUGCACCUUGAUCAUGCUCGCAUCCUUUGUUUCUGGAGUCAGCAUUCCGCUGCUUAAUUUUCUCCAACACCACAUCAGGGUCUCUCUACAAGUCUUCAGAAGCCUCAAGUGCACAACCUUUGCACUACUUGUCCUGGCACUGCUCGAUGUGUCCAUUCUUUUUAUGAAGAUACUUGCACUGUUUGCGUUCGUCCCAACAAUUGCCGUGGUUGUGAUUGCCUGUGUGAUUGCAUUCAAUGAGGCACCAUCGACAAGUGAUGACCAUCAUCAGCAAUAGCCUCUCUUGUAAUAUGCUGAUGCUGAAUAAUAUAUGAUAGCAUGCACAACUUGAGUAUAGAUAUAUAUAUGAUAGCCAAGAACCCCUGAAACCAUACAUCUUUUUUGUACUCUAAUUUUAGUAAGAUGACCUGAUUCAGUUGGAUUAAAUCAGUUAGACAUCUGCGGGAUGCGACACAUUCACUUUGUAUGUAUAAAUUGUAAUGCUGAUGUUGUUAACACAUGUUUAGAUGGAUUUGGUUA